CCUCGCACAGAAACGAAGACCCAACACAGCAAAAAUUAAUUAAUAAACUCCUACCCCCAACAUCUUCUUUAAAAAAAAAAAAGAAAGAUAACCAUGGAGGAAUGCAAAUAUGUUUUCUGUAAGAAGGAUGUCUUUGGUGGACUUGGGGAAGAGGUUGCUAGAAGCAGCAAGAAAAGGCCAAGAUGAUGAAGUGAGAACAUUGAUGGCAAAUGGUGCCCCAUUCACCACAGACUGGCUUGGAACAUCACCCCUCCACCUUGCAGCCCAGUAUGGUCAUUAUUCCACAGCAGAAGUGCUCCUUCGAGCAGGCGUUAGCAGGGAUGCCCGGACCAAAGUGGACAGGACCCCCUUGCACAUGGCUGCAGCUGAUGGACAUGCACACAUCGUGGAACUACUUGUUAGGAAUGGUGCAGAUGUGAAUGCCAAGGACAUGCUGAAGAUGACAGCUUUGCACUGGGCCACAGAGCACCACCAUCGAGAUGUUGUAGAGCUACUUAUCAAAUAUGGAGCUGAUGUCCAUGCUUUCAGCAAGUUUGAUAAAUCUGCCUUUGAUAUAGCCCUGGAGAAAAACAAUGCUGAGAUUCUGGUCAUCCUUCAGGAAGCAAUGCAGAACCAGGUGAAUGCUAAUCCUGAGAGAGCCAACCCUGUGACUAUGGGUACCCCAUUCAUCUUCACGUCAGGAGAAGUUGUCAACCUCGCAAGCCUUGUUUCUUCAGCCAGCACCAAAACAACCUCAGGUGACCCCCAUGCCUCCUCAACAGUACACUUCUCAAAUUCCACCACCUCAGUGCUGGCCACCCUUGCAGCUCUUGCUGAGGCAUCAGCCCCCCUCUGCAACUCACACAGAGCCACAGCUAAUUCAGAGGAAAUCAUAGAAGGAAAUUCUGUUGACUCAUCAAUCCAGCAAGUGGUGGGGAGUGGAGGCCAGAGGGUCAUCACCAUAGUGACUGAUGGAGUCCCUCUGGGUAAUAUCCAAACUGCAAUCCCUACUGGAGGCAUUGGCCAGCCAUUUAUUGUAACUAUGCAAGAUGGACAGCAAGUUCUAACUGUACCUGCUGGUCAGGUUGCAGAGGAGACUGUUAUUGAAGAAGAGGCAGAAGAAGCAGAGAAAUUGCCACUGACUAAGAAACCAAGGAUAGAAGAGAUGACAGACAGUGUGGAGGAAAGCAAGGUAAUGUUUUUAGCAGUGGUGGAGAGAAGAGAAGGCAAAGAUUCCAAAGCCAGAACUUUCAAGGCCCAAACCCUUCUUUUUUGUCUACUCUCAGGAAUUCUUACCUGUGGUGGUUUACUUUUACAGGAAGGCACUGAAAGAGAGCUGCUUCAGCAGCAACUCCAGGAGGCUAAUCGAAGAGCCCAGGAAUACCGACACCAGCUCCUAAAGAAAGAGCAGGAGGCAGAACAGUACCGCCUCAAGCUAGAGGCCAUGGCCCGACAACAGCCCAAUGGAGUUGAUUUCACCAUGGUUGAAGAGGUGGCUGAGGUCGGGCCUUGUGCAGAGCUUUUGUGCCUUAUAGGUGCUCAGUGUGUGCUGGCAAAGGGACUGAGAACUACCAGUGCCGUAAUGUAAGGAACCAAAGAUUCUGACCAGAUGCUUCGUCACCUGACUCUCUUCUCUCCCACUAUGCCUGCUCCCUUUGCUUAUAUACUUUUGAAAGUGUUUCAUUGCUGGGAUUUCUUGGAGUUUUCUUUAAAAAAGGGAAUACGGAUGGAGAGAGAGGGGUUAUGAAGAGGUCAUCAUCCUGGACUUGCUUGCUUGCUUUGUUAUAAAUUAGAAGCAACCAGAGGGAGCUGUGCCAAGUAAACAUUUGAAUGACUGUUUAGAAUAUGGUUUUCUUAAUUAGCAAUCAUGGGGAAAACAUACAUUUUUAAUUUGGAAUAAAAUGUGACAGUUAACAUGGUUCUGUUUACCUUGAUUAGUGAAGUAAUUUGCUGCAGUUUUCCAGAGGUGCAGAAUCAUUUGGGGCUUAAAAUAAACUGAAAACAUAACUCCCCAAACCAAAUUUAACAAACAGAAUUGGCUAUUAGAGGUUUAUAGACAAAAAUAUCAGUUUUGAAAUUAAUCUUGGCUGCAGGCCACCGUAGCUAGGUUUUCUCCAUGGACCAAGUACUAAGCACUUCCCAGAUGAUCAGAGAUUAGUCUGCACUGUUGGGGAUGAUGGAGAAAUGCAGUGAAGCAGCCUAGGUGAGGGAGAGGGUAAAAUUGUGGUAUCUGCUGUCGAAUCGUCCUAUUUCUGUUUGCAAUAUUUUUCCUUUUUCUGAGUCCCUUUGUGAAUCAGGUGCUAACAAUAAGCUGCUAUUGUGUGCCAUUUCAAAGCUUUAGCUUAACUACAGAGGGACCAAGUGUUAUUUUAGAUGUGUUUUGUGUGUGUUCUUGGUGCAUAUAUUGACUUUAAUUCCUUCUUUUAUUCUUUCCUGUUCAGGGAAUGAAGGUUAACUGUGUAGAAAAUACGCAGGCCCAACCACCUCACUCUCUGAGGUAGCUUCUUAUUGAGGGCGGGGAGUUUCCAUCCAACACUCCCUUCUGAGCAUACAGAGUCCCUACUGUUUGGGGGAGCUGUUUAGAGUUUCUUAUUAUUCUUUUUUUGUAAGAGCCUAUCAUUCCCACCCAGUAAAAUAUCUAAUACAGCCCAAGUCAUUUUUGAUGAUGGGCUCUCUGAGAUAGGGAGUUAAAGGGGGGGUUGGGAUAGGGAGAGAGAGAAGGGAAAUGUCUAGAACGGGGUGGGAAGCAAAAGGGCAUUUGUUUUUAUUUACUUGGAAUAGACCUUUUCGCAUCCCAGAGAAGGGAAAUAGGACUUGAUCUCUAAUUGUAUUGCCAUAGAGAGAAUGGUAGGUCAGGAUCCCUUGAAGUAGUUAGAUUAAAUAUUAAAGACAUGAAUGGCAGUACCAUUGUAUGAUUUUGCAUAUUUUUCUGGAUCAGCCAUGGAAGUUGGAAAAAUGUUGCUAGAUCUUCUGGGUUUGGGGAUUCCAACUGGCUUAUUGGUAAGGUUGGAUAACAAAGAAUCAAACAGACAAGUGGUUCAGAGAUGGUACUUGAGCAGGAGAAACCUGAAGCCUAGGAUGAUUGCCUACUUCAAAAUAAAGCUGCUUUAGUAAUAUCAGUAUUAAUAUAGGAAUAUUAGACCCUACAUUUACAUUUUGGUUUUAAGCUUUCCCCUAAAAAGGAGAAAGAAAUAAAUCUUAAUAUUUCUGUUCUUGUUCCUGGCUUCAGGAAAAUUACUUACAAAUGUAUAAAUGUACAUUCCCUUCCUAUCACUACCUCUGUGGGAUCCCUCAAUUGUAAUGCCAGAGUUGAGGUCUCUUAAUUGAAAUAUGGGAGAACUUGGCUUUAGGUUUUCUGUAUAUUGAACUCAGCACCUUAAAAGAUGUUCUUUUUCUCUGUCAGAACUGUGUUUCAUAAUUUUUGCCUUUGCCUCUCCCCCUUUUUCAGCCUUAGCACUGCAUUAUUAAAUGUUUGUGUCUGCUCAGUAAUAUUAGAAAUCUGUGGCAUGCAAAAUGACUUUCUUUCUUUAUAUUGCUGUAAAAGAAAUGAAUUUAACAGAGGGCUGUCCAGUUGAAGUUAGGUAUUUUGUGACCAGGGCAUUUUUAACACCCCUUUGCUGCACGUAUAUAUUGUGUACAUUAUAAAUACAUAUGAAUUUUCCCACUUUUCUCUUUGUUUAUUUGAGGUUCAACUCUAAAGUACCUGGUAAAAGCUGGAAAUACUUUUAUUUCAUUAAAAACAUUAGAGAGGGUUUCUUUCAAUUGAGUAAAGGCACUGAGGAAGAAAAAGCAUUAAUUUGGGCCUUUUUCUGAGAGGCAUGCUCAACAGGCAGUAAUGAGAAACCUGAGGAGUGAGGCCCUAGGGAGAGCUAGUACCUAGCUUUGCAGAGAUUUCUUUAGCAUACAGUGUGAUGACAGCGGUAAACUGAAAGAUUCAGAGCCGGGUCAGGGGUAGAGAUGGAGCUGCCUUUCCACAGAGCAAACCUCCUUUCAGCUCCUAUGGUAGCUGUUUUUUUUUUUGUUGUUGUUGUUGUUGUUGUUGUACGCGGGCCUCUCACUGCUGUGGCUUCUCCCGUUGUUGCGGAGCACAGGCUCCGGACGCGCAGGCUCAGCGCCCACGGCCCACGGGCCCAGCCACUCCGCGGCAUGUGGGAUCCUCCCGGACCCGGGCACGAACCCGCGCUCCCUGCAUCGGCAGGCGGACUCCCAACCACUGCGCCACCAGGGAAGCCCUAUGGUAGCUGUUUUGACUGGCAUUUGUAUAAUUUCUUACACCUCUGAAAAGGAAAGAAACCCUAGAUAAAGUUCCAUGGCAGAAGGAGCAGAUAUUCUAUACAUCUGCUUCCCAGUUUAGACAUCUCAGCCUUUUAAGGAAUGACCAUUUUGAGAAAGCUUCUGUGGCUCUUUCCUAACAAACAACAUUAUGGACCCCCAGAGCUAGAAGACAUGAGGCAUAUAGUGAACUAUUCCCAGAAGUUUAAUAUUGAGUGGGAAUCGGUUUUUGUCCAGAUUUGUUGGAGAAUGGCCUCCUGUUCUCUACUUGUUAUAUAGACAUCUCCGUAUGGCCAGAAAAGGAGCUUUAGAAUGGAAUACAUAUUAAGACCGCCUAUGUGCUGCUCUAGGCUCUUAUCUAUUUCCACUUUAUGUGAUAUUUUCCCCUUUUGAGUUAGUACUCUAUUUCCUAUGCCAAUAUAUUUAACAAGAGACCAGGAGCAAGAAGGAUGUGAAUUCGAAUUAAGUAGCUUUGAACCUCUGGUGCUGCCUUUUUUUUUUUUUUUUUUUAAAGACUCUCUUAAGAUUAGGAAGUGGGGUGAUAUCCCUAGACUCCAGACUAUUACAUAGCAACUUGGCUUGUUAAUGGCAGGAAAUUGUUAUUCCCUGUCUCUCUCCUCCCCUUUCCCCUCUAACUACUUCUGCCUCUGUGACCCCAUUGUUCUUAUCUCAUUGAGUCUUUCCCAGGCACUAGAAUUUAAUUAAUAGGUCACUUCUAAUCUAUGCGCCUUGUCUUUCCUCUUUCUGUUCCCCUCCUUCACUACCACAUAUUUUCUGUUUAUUCUUAAAUGGUUUGUUUCUGAGAAUUAAUCUAGGUCAUACCCUAUAUCCUGUGCUUCCUAGUUGAUUUCAGGCAUCUUGCUCUAUCAACAGUAAUGAUAGCAGCAGCUCCCUUCUCUGGCUUUGCCCUGUGUACUGUCCUUCUGCCAAGGCCAUUUGUGUUGGGGGCAGCAGAAAAAGGGUAGGUGGGGUGCCUAGCUUCUUCUCAAAACAUCUUCAGUUUUUCAGGUUGUCUGACAGCUUUAUGUACAGUAUGUUUUAAGAAAACUUAAGUAUACUUCUCUUUUUUAUUUAGGAUUUUAAUUAAAUAGGGUUUGAUUCUGAUGAGCAAGUUUGUGUGUGUGUGUG